AUGAUUAAAAAUUUAUCAAUAGAAAAUAUAAUGCAAAGCAUAUGCCGAUUUGAAGAUCAGAUUUAUUUGAUUCAUUAAUUAUUGUCACCUCUAAAGAGAUUAGAAUUAUUAGAUUUUAUCAUAUAGAAACAAUAGAGUUGAUUAAAAAAAUAGAAAAAAAUCCAACUCAUUAUUCCUAUUCAAUUAAAAUUCAUGAUUACUUCUUAAAUAUUGUUAAUGAAGUAGGUUCUCAAUUUUUAAUCAAUAAAAACUACUAAAAGAAGAUUUAAUUUUUAAUAGGAUUAGAAGAUGGAUUAAUAAAACUCAAUGAUCUAGAGAAAUUUGAAAUCAUAUAAUAAAUUUAGAUGGAUUUAUGGAUUUCUGUAAAAUCUAUGAGAAAUUAUGAAACUAAAAGAUUAUUAAAUUAUUUUAAGUUGUUCAACAAAUAGAACAAUUCAAGUUUGAGAUGUUAAUCAAAUAAAUUUUCAGAAAUGCCAAUAAAUGAUGAAUGA